AGUCAGUACUACAGUGGUUGAGUGGUAGUUCAUGCCACAACCGUUGAAUUAUUAUUAUUAUUUUUUUUUGAUAGCCGUGGUCAUGAUUUACGUUGUCUUUGGUGCAAUAUUAAUUUAAUCUUUUCUCUGCCCCGUGUCUACAGUGUGAAGCUACUGUCGGAAAUAAAACCGAAUAGUGAAUACUAAUUUAUAUUUUCCUGAUUCCGGCUUUAUCUGUAUGAAAAUAUCUACAGUGCCCUGCCGUUAACAAUUGAAUCAUGUCUCAGGAAACCAUUCAGAUCCUUAUUGACAUGGGUUUCCAGAAAGAAAAAGCCGAAAAGAGUGUUUUAAUGACAGAAAAUAAAGGCGUUGAACCUGCUAUGGAAUGGUUAUUGGCACACAAUGAUGAUGAAAUGGGACCAUCAACUUCUCAAGAAGGUUCUGCUUCAAACAAGUCAGAUACAAAUACUACCUCAUCUUCAACAGUAGCUAAAUCAUACAAAUGUGAAGACUGUAACAAAUUAUUUACUGAUACUACUGCAUUAGAAUAUCAUGCCAUGAAAUCAGGUCAUAGCAAUUUUGCAGAAUCUACAGAAGAAAAAAAACCAUUAACUGAAGAUGAAAAAAAAGAACAAAUGAAAAAAUUGGAAGAACGUCUAAAGGAAAAACGUAAGGAACGUGAAGCUAGAGAAAAAGAAGAAGAAUUAGAAAGGGAAAAAAUUCGAAUUCGCUCUGGUAAAGAGAUGGCUGCUGCUAAAAAAAAACUUGAAGAUGAAAACAUAAAAAAAAUUAUGGAUGAAAGAAAACGUGAAAAACAAGAAGAAAAAGUUGCCCGUGAUCGAGUAAAAGCUCAAAUAGAAGCAGAUAAAUUAGCUAGAAAAAAAUUGUAUGGACAAGUUUCAGCGGAAGAACAACCAAAACAAGUUUUACCAAUAGCUGUAAGUCCUCAAAAACAAACAAAGGAUUAUACGGAAACAAAAUUACAGAUUCGUCUUACAAAUGGUCAAACAAUUGUCCAAACAUUUAAUGUUAAAGAAAUGAUGGCUGCUGUAAGAGUUUAUAUUGAACUAAAUCGUUCUGAUGGUGAUGGUCCUUUCUGUCUUAUGACUAGUUUUCCAAGAAAAGUAUUUACUAGCGAUGACUAUGAAAAACCACUUGAUCAAUUAGGUUUGGUACCAAGUGCUGUUUUAAUCUUAACUAAGCCACAACAAUAAAAUUAAUAAUUAUUAUUUUUGUAAUAUCUAUCUUUUGAAAUUUUUAUAAUAAAUCAAUUUUUUUUUUUGUAAGCACAAUAAAAUUGGUUGGUUAGUUUUUUACUGAAAUAUACAAUUAUGAAUUUAAAUAUAUUACCAUAAAGUUAAAUAAAGAUUUUCAUUUUUAAAUGGUA